AUGCAAGAGGCAGCAGAAUUUGCAGGUUCUAACACGGCAACACGUCUAGGCAAAUCGGAUACGGGAAUCGUGGUGCCUAAAUGGCCUAAAAUUGAACUGACGGCCGAAUUCAAAGAAGAUAUUCGUAAAGCCUUCAGUCUUUUUGAUACAAGCGGAGCAGGCACAGUUUCAGUGGAUGAUGUUCGUGUGGCUUUCCGAGCACUGGGCUACGAUACCGAUGUGAGCGAAGUCAAAGAAUUGCGACAACAAACAAAGGAGUAUAACAGCCGCGUUGAUUUCGGUGAGUUUCUUAGCCUGGUGACCGACCGCAUGCUCGCACUGGACUCUAAUAUGGAUAUAGCCAAAUCAUUUGAAUUGAUUGAUCAGGGUAACAAGGGAUACAUUGAUUUGGAUGAUUUGCGUCAAGCUGCCGUCAAGUUAGAGCUAAACGAGUUGGUUGAUGACGACUUUGCCGCGAUGCUUCUUGGCGGUCAGAUCAGUAAUACGGCAGAGGAGCUGAAACAGUUCUACGAGGAUCAGCAACGUCGUGCCCGCAUUCGGAAGGGAAAAGCGUACGGGACUAACGUUACCCCGGCGGAUUCACUGAUUGGCCCAGCUUCAAAUCCACCAGGAGGCGGAGGCUCAAUUCCAUCUGGAAUUCCAGGUUUUCGUCCGGCUCGGAGGGUUUCAUCCAGUGCUCUGCCCAGUCCGGAAUCGUUGACUGUCAAUUUGGAACAAUUUCGAUGUUUGAUGCAGAUCACUCGACCGCCGGUAGAAGAUAAACGUUUGAUAUGA